GCGUAAACUUGAGUAGCUCGCCAGGUUCCUUCACAACCUGUGCUAAUAUGGUGACUUUGUAGAGUUUAUCGCUUAGUGACUGGCCACACGGUCAUGUCUCCCAGGUUCUACGCAGACCAAGAUGGCUUCGCCAGCGAGCACUCCCAGGUUGAACAUGAAACACACACUCAAUACAUGACCGCCGCCAUUGUAGCACUCUCCUGGCUUGGACUUGCUGCAAACCUGUCAGAUCAACCGACAAGAUGGAACAACACCCUUUGGGUGAGGAAACAACGUAUUCUCCAGCCUCGAAUCACAAUUGACCGGCGCUAGGUGCUGGUCGCAUGCCAUAGUUUGACCUUGAACUUGGAUCGAGACCCUCUACUGGUGUACAAAGCAGGACUCAGAAGUGCGCUAUUGGCGAGCUUGCCUCUGGUUCAACUGCUACGUAUCAAUAUACAAGCCCAGAUAUACUUCAACCGAUCGACGUCAAUGCUAAUAGCCUUCGCUUUGGUAAUCAUAUCGCUCUCGAUUCGCCGUAAGCCAAGGUUGUUCACAGAGAAUGGCAUCGCGGUGGACGCUGAGAAUAGCUCUUCCAUCCUCUCGCGUUGCUCCAUGCAUUGGUCUCGAGAUGCCAUUCGUAAUCCUGGUGCCUUGCCCGCUCUCGAUCGAGAUACAAGGUCCAAGAGUCAGCCCCCUAUAGACGAAAACGUCCGAUCAUUGUUUGCUCAAAUUUUGACCCAACGUGUUCGAGUGUUCGCCAAACAGUGGAUCUUGACCGUUCUGCGGACGCUCCUCACAUUCGGUUCCCCAUACUGUGUUCUGCGACUGGUUGCUCGUCUCGAAAGUGGGGAUACAGAGGACGCUUGGAUAUGGUUAUUUUCCAUGGCACUCGUUUCGACCUGCGAGACCGUCAUUCACUAUCAUCAAAACUGGAUGCAAUGGUCGGAGCUUGGUAUUCCCAUCCGAGCACAACUAAUUAUGGCUAUCUAUCGGAAAGUGCUGAGAGGUAGCACUGGAGAGCAUCAAUCUGGCAAGGAUCAGUCACCAUCAGCUAAUACCCUCUUGAACUCUGACACGGCUAUCGUCAGUAAGUUUUCCUCAAUUCACUACAUACUUCCUCUAUCGGGAGCCCAAUUCAUCAUGGCACUCGUUUUCUUAAGAAGACUACUAGGCUGGCGAGCUCUGCUGAUCACGCUCCUCUUCACCGUAAUGACUAUGCCCAUGAACAACUUCAUUGUCAAGAAGAGAAGAGCUACGCGAAAAGAACUAAGAAGGUCGCGAGACCAGAAAGACAGGGUUGUUGGAGAGAUGAUUAAAGCACUACAUUACAUCAAAUUACAAGCCUCCGAGGAUUUGUGGAAAGAGCGCAUCAAGAAAUACAGGGACGACGAACUGCGGGCUAAGGAGAGAGAUUACUCCGCUCAGACCGCCGGCUUCAUGUGGAAGAUCGCAUCACCUCUCCUGGUUUCAGGUGUCUCGAUCUUCACAAAUGCCUACUUUGAGGGGCAAACAACUGCUUCAGUUGUGUUCACGAUACUCGAACUUCUACCCCAACUUCAAGGAUCUCUAGGAUUGGCGCCGCUAGUGAUCCAGGACUUUUUGAGUGCAAGAUCAGCCUCGCGGCGUAUAGAGUCCUUCUUGAGAACUUCGGACCAAGAACAAUAUCGCCAACGAAGUCACUCCGGCGCUAUUAACUUCAAGGAUGCUUCCGUGAAGUGGCCCUUUAGCCGCAAGAAGUCUACAUACCCAGCGCAAGAUGACUAUUCCGACUUUGAACUCCGAGAUGUGAACGUCAGGUUUCCUGUUGGAGAGUUGAGCAUCAUCCACGGCGACACUGGGUGUGGGAAGAGCUUGCUGCUUGCUGCGAUACUUGGAGAGGCUGAGCUGCUGGACGGCGUCAUCGAAGCACCAUGCGCGACUCAUGACCAACCCGUCGCCUUCGUCACGCAGACCCCCUGGCUUCAAAGUACCACUAUCAAGAACAACAUAGUAUUUGGAGAGCGUCUGGAUAUGUCACGAUACAAUAGCGUAUUGGAAGCAUGCGCUUUGAUACCGGAUCUCAAAGCACUCUCGAGAGGCGAUGAAACCUUGAUUGGUCCACAAGGUAUCAAAGUAAGUGGAGGACAACGUGCGAGGAUAUCCCUCGCAAGAGCACUGUAUUCCAAAGCGAGCACCAUCCUGCUGGACGACAUACUUUCGGCACUGGAUACUCAUGUGUCUGUACAUGUUCUUGGGGCCUUGAACGGCCCUUUGGGAGCAGGGCGAACACGGAUUUUGGCGACACAUCAACUCGCGCUCUGUAUGCCAAAGGCGAGUUAUGCAGUCUGUAUCGCGGACGGAACAGCGCAAGCCAAAGUGCUGGAUACGUUUGGUAGUGGGCAAGACAUUGUCGCAGAGCUCGGUAAUGGUGGGUGGGAGCUGGCAGUAACAUACGAUGCUGACAGCCCCGAGCUACCUAUUGAGGGCGAUCUGCAUAAGCACCAGCCGACACCAGAUAAAGUGCCGACCACCGCAGAUGCCACUAGAGCGACUUCCUGGACAUACAUCGAAGCACUGGGCGGUCAGAAAUUCGUAUUGAUUUACUUCUUCGCCCUCGUGUUGCGACAAGUACUAAUCACGCUUCCAAUAUGGACGCUGAAAAACAUCAAAGCGCAAGGCCAUCCCUCGAAGAUAGCCCUCAACGACGUCUCAUACCACACUAUUCUGUACGCAAUUGGCACUGCUUUUGCCGUGCUCUCAGAGCUGGUAUUCAAUGCGCAUGAAGCUACCGGAACGCUAAGGGCGUCGGAUACUCUCUUCAAGAUGAUGCUUGACACUGUCCUUCGCAUGCCUCUUGCCUGGCUUGACAGUGUGUCUACGGGCGAUUUAAUACAAAGAUUCUCUACGGACUCUCAAGCGAUAGACGACACGUUGAUGGCAGUAGUAUCUGGGGUUUCGCAAUGUCUCAUUGAGAUAGCGACUAUCGUGAUAGUUGGUCUCAAUACAUCCGCAUAUACCGGCUUGAUGGUGGUUGGCGGAUUAUACGCCAGCUUCACGGUUGGUAAUCUCUACAACAAGGCUCGCAAAAUCAUUCAGCGCGCCGAUCGCAGACCUACGAGUCAGAUGCUCGACCUUGUCACUACCACUACGAUUGGAUACUCGACGAUCAGAGCCUUCGGUGCCCAAGGAAUGUUGACAGAACAGAUGCAUAGUCACGUCGACGACUAUUCGAGAGCAAGACGUCACUUCUGGAUGGCCAAUCGCUGGCUAGGUCUGCAGAUGUCUCUGAUCGGUAUCGUAUUCAGCUUCAUGACUGGCAUCGUGCUUUUGCGUUCUGGAUCGGCCGUCAUUGACCCUCCCUUGUUCGGAUUCGCGCUCACCUUUUCCAUGCGAUUUUCAGGCGUCGUGUUCAAAGCGGUAAAUGGUCUUGGAGCAUUCGAGAAAUCUGCAAUCUCUGCAAGCGCAAUUGCGGCAUUCCAACAUCUGGAGACUGAGGACCAAGACGGCUUGGAGACUCCUAGUGACUGGCCGCGGACUGGGAGUAUUGAGGUGCGAGGUCUCAAGGUUAGGUACUCGGCUGCUCUACCUCGAGUGCUCAAUGACAUCAGCUUCAGUGUCGCUCCAGGUCAGCGUAUAGGGAUCGUUGGUCGCACGGGAGCAGGGAAAUCAACAUUAUCAUUGGCCAUGCUACGCAUGAUGGAAGCGGAAGAGGGUACCAUAUCCAUUGACGGUAUUGAUGUCUCUACUAUUAGGCUGGCAGAUUUACGUCGCAGAAUAGGUUAUGUUCCACAGAGCCCGCUUUUGUUCUCAGGUACGGUCCGCACGAAUUUGGACCCGUCUGGUGUGUAUUCCGAUACAAAGUUGGAAGAAGCUCUCCAAAGAGUUAUGCUGUUCUCCAGUUCAGGAGAGGGUCAAUCGGGUGGCUCUCGCCUGCUAACACUGGAUACCCCUGUCACGGCUGGUGGAGAGAAUAUCUCACACGGGCAACGACAACUCCUCUGCGUUGCGCGGAUCUUCUUGCAAAACCACAAGCUCAUCAUCCUUGACGAAGCUACGUCAGCAGUAGAUGACACAACGGACGAAGCAGUUCAGACUAUUAUCCGCAAUGACUUGGAGCAGACUCUGAUAGUGGUAGCACAUCGUCUGAAAACUGUUGCGACGUUCGACAAGAUUAUUGUAAUCGACGAGGGGAGAAUUGUUGAACAGGGUUCGCCGAAAGAGCUCUUAGAACUCGAAGGCGCAUUCUGUAACCUGGUCACCAGCAGUCGGGACAGCGGCAGUCUCAUUGCGACGAUAGCCAAUAAGUCCACCAUUGAGAAUUGAUACAGCUAUGGGUUGCCCAACCAAAUCACCCGAUUUACGACCAUCUCUUUCGCAUAACAGUAAGAUCUGCCACGAUGAAGCUAUAUUACGGUCUUCGGUUUUCCUUUCAGCUACAGAAUUCUUGAUGGUGGCCUAUUACUCAGGAGGCCCGUUUUCAAACACCACCUCUUUGCAGCAUCGUCGAUCGUACAAUGAAUUGCCAAAGUCGGAUAUU